UGCCCUACAAAUUCUUCUCGGACCCGUCGGGGAUCAACGAGAAGCGGAAGCAGCGGCGCAUCCGGACGACGUUCACCAGUUCUCAGCUGAAGGAACUGGAGAGGGUCUUCGCUGAGACCCACUAUCCCGACAUCUACACGCGCGAAGAGUUGGCCCUCAAGAUCGACCUCACCGAGGCCCGGGUGCAG